ACAUGUCGAUAAAGAGAAGAACAAAAGGCUGGCGGCGGCUAUGCGAUCAAAGCAGCAAAAGGUUCUUCAAGUUUUAGAGAGAGAUUUUGCCGACCAAUAAUUUUUCAUAAGAAACAAAAACUACAAUUUCCCACUUCAGACUGGGAUCGGAUUUCAUCAAAAUUUAAGAAAUUUAAAAAUGGAGAGAGAUCUACAGAAAGCCGUCUCCUGAAUUUGUUUAUUCAAUUCCCUCAAUCUCAUGGCCGUUCUUGUUUUUCGAAAACCCUAGUUGGCAGUAGUAUCUUCCCGUCUUCUCUCUGCAUAUUCUUCACUGGGUAUCUCUACCCAAUUUUUCGAUUUCUGAUCAGUCGGCAUGAAGGACGGGAAAUCGACCAAGGUCAAUUCUCAGUUGCAGCAUCAGAACGGUCACUUGCCGCCGUUCAAAUUGGCUAAAUUGUUCGAUCCAGAGACUUCAUGGGAUAAGGAUCAACUAGGAGAUGUCUUGCAUUGGAUGAGACAAUCAGUUGCUCUUGUAUGUGGGCUGCUUUGGGGUUCCAUACCUCUGGUUGGAGGAAUUUGGUUCAUCUUACAUUUGGGUUUAGACAGCUAUGGACAAAUGGAAUUCUUGGUGAUAUCAACCACGAUGGUAUAUGGAUAUUAUGCAAUGAUUUUGAAGGUAGACGAAGAAGAAUUUGGCGGCCAUGGAGUUCUCCUCCAGGAAGGGCUGUUUGCUUCCAUAACUUUGUUUCUGCUUAUGUGGACCCUCAUUUAUAGCUUGGGACAUUUCUGAUAAUGGUUUUGUCAUCGUUCUCAAGCUCGGGCGAACUGUUGGAGAGGUUGGUCGCCAUUGUUGCUUGCCGUUUUUAUUAGUGAUUGUGCAGUAUGCUGUUAAGGAGAGAAAACACUUUCAGAAGUGGAUUAAUUUCAUUAGGAUUACAAGUAACCAAAUUUUAGUUGUUAUUAUUGAUGGUUAAAUCCACAAUCUUAAAAUAAUAAAAUGUUCAAAGGAAUGCAAUUUUCUGUCUCAUCUGAUUAAGACAUAUGCUAUUGACCAAAAGGUCGAAGUUAAGGGUCUCACCUUUAUUCGUUGAACCUUGAAACCGAUGCAAUUAUUUGUUUCUUUUUU